AUGCUGCGGGGGAGGCCGAAGGACGGAACCGGGGAUGCGGGGAGAGCCCAGGGAUACAGGAGGAGGCCGGGGGCCUUUCUUGCCUCCCGGGAGCAGAGCAGCGGGGUCCAGGCGCAGCCGGGUAUGGAAGGAGGUGCCUCCUGCCUGGUUGACCUGAUCACGUCCAGCCCGCAGUGCCUGCACAGCCUGGUGACGUGGGCGCACGCGCACGCCGGGAGCUGCGCCUCGGCGCCGGGGCUGCGCAGCGUGCUCAGCUCCGAGUACUGCGGCGUCAUCCGCGCCGUCUGGGGCUGCGGCGACGGCCACGACUACGUCAUGGACACGGACUCGGACUGCAGCUCCGCGCUGCUGGACGGCGCCCUGGCCGUCAAACGCGAGUGGGGCAAGGGCGCGGCGCAGCAGCGCUUGACUGACAACGGGGACAAUGCCCAGGCCGUUCCUGCUCCCAAAGCCCAGCGUGCCGCAGUAAGGACAGCUCCUUGCCAGCAGCCCGCCAGCAAAGGGAUGGCGGGGUCAGAAGCCCGUCCCGGGGCUCGGUGCCGGGCGGGCGGCAGGUCGGGGUCUGCCCGUUUGUGUGGUUUCUUCCUCCCUGAAACGCCGAACGUGCCGCUGCCGCUGGGGCGGGAGAUAAGCGGCAUCUCCGACGGCUCCGCCGGGUGCGGUGGCAGCGGCGCUGCCCCGGGACAGCGGGGCGCUCACAAACGGGGCGUUCGGCCCCCCAGGACACUCCCCCAGGAGGUGCUGCCGUGUCCCGGCACUGUCACCACCCCCGUCGCUCCCGAAGCCACGGCGUUCGGAGCACGGCCGCCUUGGAUCGGCGCCGGGAAGGGGCUGUGCUCAGGGUUCCCCUCACUGAAUCAGCCGAGCCCUGAGCACCGGCUACUGCCGCCUGCCCCCCCCCCCCCCCCCCCCCCCACCGGCUACUGCCGCCUGUGCCACGGCAAGUUCUCCUCGCGGAGCCUGCGCAAUGCCUUCGGCAAGGUGCCCGUGCUGGGGGAGAACUCGGAGAAGCAGCGGCGGCUGGACCAGGUGUUCUUCGCCGACUUCCAGCGGCUGGUGGGCGUGGCGGUGCGGCAGGACCCCGCGCUGCCACAGUUCGUCUGCAAGAAAUGCCAUGCCCAGUUCUACAAGUGCCGCAGCGUCCUCCGCACCUUCAUCCAGAGGGUGAACGCCUCGCCCACGGGCCACGCCAAGGCCAAAGGAAAGAGCAGCGGGGUCCAGGCGCAGCCGGGUAUGGAAGGAGGUGCCUCCUGCCUGGUUGACCUGAUCACGUCCAGCCCGCAGUGCCUGCACAGCCUGGUGACGUGGGCGCACGCGCACGCCGGGAGCUGCGCCUCGGCGCCGGGGCUGCGCAGCGUGCUCAGCUCCGAGUACUGCGGCGUCAUCCGCGCCGUCUGGGGCUGCGGCGACGGCCACGACUACGUCAUGGACACGGACUCGGACUGCAGCUCCGCGCUGCUGGACGGCGCCCUGGCCGUCAAACGCGAGUGGGGCAAGGGCGCGGCGCAGCAGCGCUUGACUGACAACGGGGACAAUGCCCAGGCCGUUCCUGCUCCCAAAGCCCAGCGUGCCGCAGUAAGGACAGCUCCUUGCCAGCAGCCCGCCAGCAAAGGGACCAUGGCCGUGCCGCUGAGCGUGGAGAACGAGCCGCCGCAGGACAGGGAUCCCUCUGCCUCGCAGCUGGACAGCGCGGCCUCCGUCCAGGAACAGGCGCUGCCGCAGCCCGUGUCCCCGCUGAGCACUGCCACAGGACAGUUGAGUGGGAAGCAGGUUCUGUCUGCAACGUCGGAUGAGCGGGUAAAAGACGAGUUCAGUGACCUUUCUGAGGGGGACUUCUUGAGUGACGAUGAAAGUGAGAAGAGAAACGUGCAAUCUUCAGAUGACUCCUUUGAGCCUUACCCCGAGAAGAAGGUUUCUGGCAAGAAAAGCGACAGUAAAGAAGCAAAGAAAGCGGAAGAGCCCAAAAUAAGGAAGAAGCCGGGGCCUAAGCCAGGCUGGAAAAAAAAAAUCAAAUGUGAACGGGAGGAGCUGCCCACCAUCUACAAGUGUCCUUACCAGGGCUGCACUGCUGUCUACAGAGGGGCUGAUGGCAUGAAGAAACACAUCAAAGAGCACCACGAGGAGGUUCGGGAGAGGCCCUGCCCUCACCCUGGCUGCAACAAAGUGUUCAUGAUCGACCGGUACCUUCAGCGGCACGUCAAGCUCAUCCACACAGAGGUACGGAACUAUAUCUGUGAUGAGUGUGGGCAGACCUUCAAGCAACGCAAACACCUCUCAGUCCAUCAGAUGCGGCACUCAGGAGCAAAGCCCCUGCAGUGUGAGAUCUGUGGCUUCCAGUGCCGCCAGCGCGCCUCCCUCAAGUACCACAUGACCAAACACAAAGCCGAGGCCGAGCUGGAGUUCGCCUGCGACCAGUGCGGGAAGCGCUUCGAGAAGGCUCACAACCUCAACGUCCACAUGUCCAUGGUGCACCCUCUGACCCAGGCUCAGGACAAAGCCAAGCCGCUGGAGCCAGAGCCCAUCCUCCUCCUCACUACUUCAGGGACUGCAGAAGGCCAGGCAGUGAAGCCAGAAGUGACUGCAGAGCCCGAGCCCACCUGAGGGCACGGGGAUGAGGUCCCAGCCCCGUAGGAGCCGUCGGGCAGUGGAGAUUUUUAAUCUACGUUUUAGUCUCCCAAAGAACUCGGUGGAAUUAGCUUCAGCUCGCUCAGAAAAGGCUUUGUUCUCAUGCAGUGAUUUCCAUGCUCACGUCUGAUUCAGCAGUGUUGUACUAAGAGUGUCUAAUCCCAGGGGAAGGGACCCCUCCCUGUCCCCAGCCCCACGCACACGUUGUAGAAACCAAGUUGGCCACAACUGUUCCCUGCCUGCACAGAGGUGCCCCCAGGGGCUCGAGGGGGACAGAGGACAGUGGGAUAACUUUAAGGAGACAUUUUGUUUUGGAAAAGAAGAAAAAAAAAACCCCAACAACGUAAUUAUGAGUCCCAAAGCAAGUCUAAACUGAAAAUUUGUAACCUACUUUUUAUUGUAACAAGAGCUUCAU